UACAGGGGCACCAUUUCUGAUACAACACCGGUGAACUCAGACAAUCCACGUGACUGCAGUCAAACAUCAUCGGUCCUUUGGCAGGACGGGAUCUAGCCGCUACCGGGUAGUAGAUGUGAUUUUGAAGCUGAGCCUGUGUGUGACACAGAAGGCAAAGUGGCAGCUAACGGGAGCCGCUUGAUGGUGUCACUUUAUAGCAUCUGACGUAAUCACUGACGAUAAACAAGAUGAACAAAUGCAGGAAGCAGAUGGCAGAGCAGUUCCUGAGUCAGGCCCUGAGCAUCAUCUGCCUGCUGACCGGAGAGGAAUAUGCCAUUGUAAAGAAGAGGCCCUCCCACAAGAUCAUUCUUCGGCAGAGCAGAGAGGUGCCUAUAAAGUGUGAAGAUGUUGCCGUGUAUUUCUCUAUGGAGGAGUGGGAGUAUAUUGAGGGACACAAGGAGCUUUACAAGCACGUCAUGAUGGAGACUCACCAAGCACUAACGACUAUGGAGAUCCCAGGAAAUGAGAGCUCAGAAUUAAUAGGUCCCAGUGAUGAAAAUCUAGACACCGGAGCUGCAGAACUUGUACAGAAUAUUCAGCCAGUGGAGACCCCAUCAGCCGUCUCUGCAGAACUAACAGGUCACUGUAAUGAAAAUCUAGACACAGAAUCACAUGGAGAACUUGUACAGAAUGUUCAGCCAUCAGAUGUCUCUGCAGAUGACAUUAAUAAUGACGUAGAUGUUAAAAUAGAAGAUCUGAGUGUAAUGUGUCAGCUGGAAGCUCCAAUGCAGGAAAUGUGUUACAGCAACAAUGAAGAACUAACAGGUCACUGUAAUGAAAAUCUAGACACAGAAUCACAUGGAGAACUUGUACAGAAUGUUCAGCCAUCAGAUGUCUCUGCAGAUGACAUUAAUAAUGACGUAGAUGUUAAAAUAGAAGAUCUGAGUGUAAUGUGUCAGCUGGAAGCUCCAAUGCAGGAAAUGUGUUACAGCAACAAUGAAGGUAAAAAUGAUGCUAAGAUUUCAAGUAACACGGAACAAACAGAAUAUCCGUGGCUAACAAAUAUCACCGAAGCUGCACAGCAGGAGAUACUUGUUCGUAGUAAUACAGGUGAUGUAAAGACUGAAGUCACACUUAAUGCUGAACAAGCAAAUGAUCUGUAUGUAAAGAGUCAGCUGGAAGCUGUGAAGCAGGAAAUCGGUGACAAUAUCAGUACAGGGGAAUUAACAAACAGCAAUAAUCCUAGUCAUGGUCAGAAUGCUGAUGCUUCUUUCAAUCUUCAAAAUCAAAUAAGCGACAUAGCUCAAUGUUCUGAAUAUGAAAAAAAAUGUUUUACCAGGAAAUCACAACUUUGUAUUCAUCAUAAAAGAGAAAAAGCAUUUAUAUGUUCUAUAUGUGGAAAACGGUUUAAUUGGAAAUCAAAUCUUACUAGUCAUUUGAAAAUUCAUACAGGAGAGAAAGCAUUUUCAUGUUCUAGAUGUGGGAAAUAUUUUAUCCGGAAAUCACAUCUUAGUUCUCAUCAGAAAAUUCAUACAGGUGAGAAACCAUUUUCAUGUUCUGAAUGUGGGAAAUGUUUUACUCAGCAAUCAUCUCUUAUCGAACAUAAGAGAAUUCAUACUGGUGAGAAACCAUUUUCAUGUUCUGAAUGUGAGAAAUGUUUUACUCUGAAAGGACAACUUAUUAGGCAUCUGAAAAUCCAUACAGGUGAGAAAGCAUUUUUAUGUUCUGCGUGUGGGAAAUGUUUUGCUCAGAAGUUUUCUCUUAUUAGACAUCAAAAAGUUCAUAUUAAAGAGAAAACAUUUUAAUGUUCUGAAUGUGGGAAAUCAAACCUUAAAGGGAGAGUAGACACCUUGAGAUUUGUAUAUAAAAUGUUUAGUUAUGUGUAAUGAAACAACUUUGCAAUGUAUUCUCAUUAUUUAUUUUCACCCCUAUUUAUUUAAUUAAGCUCUGAAAAUUGAGCAAUUUCUAAUACUCAGAACUUGAAAUGCAUCCUGCUGACUUUUUAAGGCUAACUCUGCUAGAUAUCUGUCCCUAAUUGAUUUUAACUGAUAACUGCAAAUAAAUGCAGUUUAUGCUAACUUUGUGACCUUGGCUAGCCUAGUAGUCUGCUGAAUAAAGCCCAGAUUGGCUUCUCUAAAUAAGGUAAAUGGUGUGUGGAGUUUGACUUUUGAAAAAUUAUUGAAAAAGGAUGUUAAUUUUUUUUUUUAAAACAUUGACUUGGCUGAUAUGUUAUUCUUUCGCAGCACAGGAGAAAUGUACUUUAAUUACAAGAUGUUUACUGUCUCUUUAAAGGGAUUUGAAAAAACUGUAAAAUUUGUAAUAUGAAAUGUUAAUAAAACUGAUAAACUUAUAGUA